AUGGCGCUCAACAUUGAACCCCCAACAGGCAUUUUCCCGGCUGCUGGUGGAGAGAUCACCUUCCAAAUUCACUCACUCGCUGACACCCGCCUCGCUUUCAAGGUGAAAUCCUCGGACAACGACCAUUAUCGAGUUCGACCGGUGUACGGAUUUUUGGCGGCCAAGCAACAGCAAUCACUGCAAAUCUUGCGUCUCGAAGGAUCGCCAAAGGAGGACAAAUUCGUCGUGCAAUGGGCCGAGGUGCCCGAUGAGGAGACCGAUCCACAGGCUCCAUUCAAGGCGGGCGCACAAAGUGGCGAAGUGAUUCUGCCGGUGAAGGCCGAA